AUGUCUCUAGACCUCCCACUAGGAUUCAUGGAGCCCCGGCUUCUCGACACCGUCGCUAGCACCACUUCCCGCAUUGUCGACAUGCUCACCAGACAACACUCCCCGCCCGUACAGACCAAAUCAUUCCACUUAUCUUGCCUGGAUCAAAAUGUAGUGCGCGUGUACAUACAAACUCUAUGCAUUUUCCCUUUUCCCGAUCAAAACAAUGCCGAGGCUGCUAUACAGGCUCUGGGCGCUGGACUUCGCCUGACUCUAAAGAAAUUCCCAUUUCUCGCUGGUACUCUAACUUUGGCGGAUCGUGAAGCUGGGAAGCUUGCUCUGGAAUAUCCAAGCGAGGUGUCAGACAAGGACCUGAACUCCAUCUUCCGUUCCAAACAAAUUCACUACCACGAUACCGAUUUUCCGCACACGUAUGAACAGCUCAGAAGAGAUGGCAUGCCGCCGAGCGCGUUCAAGAGUGCUAUGUUUGUUCCUGAAGAUCUUGCCAACUAUCCGGGCGUCCCGGCGGAUGGUGAGGGCAAAAUAGACUUCAACAAAAGCGAUGCACCAGCAAUGCGAAGUCAAGCUUUCUUCAUACCUGGCGGACUUGUGCUCUCAAUGUACAUGCAUCAUUCUGUCUUCGACUUCUCCGGCGUCACGCUUUUCUGGCAAGCAUUCUCUGCAAACGUGUCCAGUAUCUCCGGACAGCGCUCCGAACCGCAAAGAGCCACCGGUAAUUUUCCUCCCUUACAUUGCCAAACAGGACUAAUCGUAGCAGAUACGUCAAGUACAGCCGAUAGGCAGUCUUUGUUGCGACAAGCCGUUGACGACGAAAUUCCUCAGCUUCGCAGUGUUGUCAGCGCCGACUGUUAUUGCGACGGGCCACCAGAUUACCUCAAAACAUUGCCCUCAAGUACGAAAUGUACGCAGAGACUCAUCGUUGUUCCGGCGGCUCAGGUGCGCGAGUACAGAGAACUUCUGCGGUCAUAUUUCCCCAAAGACAACGCGCCGACCAUUUGCAACGUGCUUGCUGCCCUUGUCUGGACGCACGUUACUCGUGCCAGAGCAGCGCGAUUGCUCAAGUACGGGCUGACGGAGACUAACCUGGGUAUUGCAACCGAUCUGCGAAGGCGGCAAAACCCUCCCGUUCCCGCGGAUUACAUGGGUAACAUGGCGUUAUUCUCGCGCGGCACAUUGAACAUCUCAGAUCUCAUAGCAGAGGACCGCGUAACGACAUCCACGAUUGUCCGUGUCAUCAACGAGAUCAAAAGCACUAUUUCCGGCGUUGACGACGACUGGGUGUCACGUCACCUUAGCUACUUCAAGUCGAUCGAUUAUAUUACCGACACAGAAAUUGCACUAGGCAUAACGUUUGGAUCCGACAUGUACAUUUCUUCCUGGAUCAACUUUGGUGCGGACCUCAGCUGGGGUAUACCGGGGACCGACUUGGGCAAGCACUCCCUCGCUGGACGAGCGGAGUUUAUUAGACGAUCGUAUGGUCCGGGUGACGGCGGCAUGAUCUUCCUCCCGCGACGCAGACAACCUACGAACGGAACGGAAGCGCCCUUUGAAAUUCUGGUACGGCUCGCCGAGGAAGACAUGACGCGUGUGUUGGACGAAGAGGGCGGGUUGAGCAGUUGGGCCGAGGCGGUAAUCGAGUGA